AUUUGCUUAAACCCUAAAAGAAAAUGACGAGCCUUUAGCUGCUGAACUCUAACAUCAACAACUUAUUCACAAAAGUAGAGAAGAAGAAGAAUCACAAGAUGGGUCGCAGCAUAAACCCUAAGAAGGCAAAGAGGAAGAACAAGAAGAAGGGAGAAGCGUCUUCCUCCUCGGUGCCAUCGAUGCCAACAAGGGUUUGGCAGCCAGGUGUGGAUAAGCUCGAAGAAGGAGAAGAGCUUCAGUGCGACCCUUCUGCUUAUAAUUCCCUUCAUGGCUUCCAUGUUGGUUGGCCCUGUUUGAGUUUUGACAUUUUAGGUGAUAAGUUGGGUUUGAACCGAACUGAGUUUCCUCACACCUUGUAUAUGGUGGCUGGGACUCAGGCGGAGAAAGCACCUUUGAACUCCAUUGGAUUAUUUAAAAUUAGCAACGUGUCUGGGAAGAGACGUGAUGUAGUUCCCAAGACGGUUAAUGGUGAUGAUGCUAUGGAGGAUGAGGAUGAUGAAGAUGAGGACAGUGAUAGCGAUGAGGAAAGUGAAGAUGGAGCUUCCACUACUCCGAUUAUUCAGGUCCGCAGAGUUGCUCACCAUGGAUGUGUUAACCGCAUUCGUGCAAUGCCACAGAAUCCUCAUAUAUGUGUCUCUUGGGCAGAUUCUGGUCAUGUACAGGUGUGGGACAUGAGCUCUCAUCUUAAUGCUUUGGCAGAGUCAGAAACAGAAGGUAAAGAUGGAACUUCACCGGCUCUAAACCAAGCACCCUUAGUUAACUUUUCUGGCCACAAAGAUGAAGGCUAUGCUAUAGAUUGGAGUCCUGCAACAGCUGGAAGACUUCUUUCCGGGGACUGCAUGAGUAUGAUUCAUCUGUGGGAACCAGCUUCUGGUUCAUGGACUGUUGAUCCUAUUCCGUUAACAGGACACACCGCAAGUGUUGAAGAUUUACAAUGGAGUCCAGCUGAAGCCAACGUGUUUGCAUCCUGUUCUGUGGAUGGGACUAUUGCACUAUGGGAUGUCCGAGUUGGGAAGACGCCUGCAUUAUCUUUCAAAGCACAUAACGCAGAUGUGAAUGUUAUCUCAUGGAACAGGCUGGCUAGUUGCAUGUUGGCUUCAGGAAGUGACGAUGGAGCAUUCUCUAUCCAUGAUCUUAGAGUUAUCAAGGAGGGAGAUGCUAAGGUAGCACAUUUUGAGUAUCAUAAGCAUCCUAUCACGUCGAUUGAGUGGAGCGCUCAUGAAUCCUCAACACUUGCAGUCUCUUCCGGCGACAACCAGCUCACGAUAUGGGAUUUAUCCUUAGAGAAGGAUGAAGAAGAGGAAGCAGAGUUCAAAGCACAGACCAAGGAACAUGUUAACACACCUCAAGAUUUGCCUCCUCAGCUUCUUUUCGUUCACCAGGGACAAAAGGACUUGAAGGAACUCCACUGGCACAACCAGAUUCCAGGGAUGAUCAUCUCAACUGCUGAAGAUGGGUUCAACAUCUUGAUGCCUUACAACAUUCAGAACACACUUCCUGAUCUCGCUGCCUGAAAAGCUUGAGCCUUUUUUCCUGAAAAACUUUUCUAGUCUCUUGAGAUUUUUUUUUAUUGUCCUCCCUGUUUUCAAGAACUUUACUCUUUCAUAACUUGAUGUUUCAUAACCGUCGGUUGGUUUCAUUUUGUGACAAAAUGUCAAAUUGACAAAAUGUCAAAGUAUGUUUUUUAAAAGCAUUCUCUCACUAUGGUGUAUUAUUAUUAUUUCACAACUUUCAAGCGUUCAUCAUUGGUCGAUUGA